AUGUCAUCGGAUAGUCACAUCAGUGUCGAUCUUGAUGAUGACAACGAUGACAUUGAAGAAAUACAACCACCCCCUCGUCCCAUGGGAAAUGACAAAGUAAAAGGAAAAGGAAAUGCGACAUCUUCAAAUUCGUCGGUCAAAACCGGACGAUCAACCAAAUCAGAAGAAAUGAUUGUGCAAAUGACACAAUUGAAUACAACUUUCGACAAACAUACGAUCGAAACCGACCAACUCAUGGAAUAUUCACUGUUAAUGCACGAUCACAACGGGAAGAAAAUACAGCACGCCUCAUCUUCGGUUGCUAGUCACCUCCAUCUUCGGCCACUGCUCCAACUGGCCACUCCACCUCCAACCACACCAGACGACAACGAUUACACCUACUUCCACUCCUUCGGCCAGUGA